AUGGUGGCCACCAAGCGUUCGCGGACAUAUGAAAAAGAAUCCAAUGUUUGUCUACUUAUGCUCGCAAUCCUAAUCAUGUGGGCAGCAGCGGUAGCUACCAUUUAUCCUUGUAAAUAUGCCACGUACGGUGUCAUCAUGGUUGCGGCCUCCCAACUGGUGCUUUAUAUGAUAUCGAUCUUUUUGAUGUUCUAUGUAAAGAAAGCGAACAUGGAGUGCUGGCGUCAUAACCGAUGUUCUUUGGAGUUUUCGCAUAUGUAUCAGGUCAGAGAGAACAUCGAAACGUCUAUGAGCUUGUUCAGGGUGUUUGCAGGAGUAAUUGUCCAAUCUAUGAUCGGCUGGGCAUCAUUAUUAGUUGCAAACACUUAUAAAUCCGUUUUCCAAAAUCUAAUUUUCUAUAGAGUUUUCUAUUUUGUAUAUGACAUGAACCUGGCUAUAACACCUAUAUCAAUUCCUCUUCUAUUGUUUUUCUGUAAUCGCAAGAUCAACACCGCUUUUAAAAGGCAAUAUAGUAAAGUAUUUCACAGAAAGCAGAACUCUGCUCAUGCUGCACGCAAUUUAGUCGGUUUGGACGGAAACAAGCUUCAUGUGGAUGCAAGUUUACCUUCAAAAUGUUACUGUUAA